GGCAGCAGGCGAGUGUGGAGGUAGGGCAAAUAUUUCAAAGGAAAAAAUAGGAAAGAACACUACGGUGAAGAAGAAGAAGGAAAGGGAGGUCAUGGAGGCCAACUUGAAGGAGGAAGAUGAGACUUUUACCAACAUCUCGCUGGCAGACGACCCAGCCACCCGAAGACGCCCUGAUUGGUCUAGCGACGACUUGUGUCUGGAACUUCAAAUGGACAGCAGAGCUGCAGCCCUGUAUACUAAGCCAGAGACCGAUCUCUUCAUCAUGAACUGCGAUAUAGAUGGGGACUUGGAGAACCAGGUGGAGAUGGAGGAGAAGACGAGGCUAAUAAAUCAAGUGUUAGAACUUCAGCAUACGCUGGAAGACCUUUCAGCACGGGUGGACGCGGUCAAAGAGGAAAACUUGAAAUUGAAGUCAGAGAACCAGGUACUCGGUCAGUACAUCGAGAACCUCAUGUCUGCGUCCAGCGUCUUUCAGACAACGGACACCAAGAGCAAACGCAAGUGAGUUGAGCCAAGGAACCACAUAAAGGAGGCGGGCCACGGGCUCCCUCAGACCUGGGCACGAAUUGAAAAUAUUGGUCACAUGUUCUGCUUGGGCUAACUGUGCUAAUUCACUUUUAAUCUGUCAUGUGGCACUUGUUCCCAAUUAUUAUUGCAGCAAAAUUGUUGGUGGAUGUGUGGAGCCCUCAUUUGCGUGUGCAAAGCAAACAGGUAGGCUCCAUGUAAAAAUACAUGUGUACGUAAAUUGUGAAUAGGUGCAAAUGAUUGCAGCUAACUGUAGAGUUUAAGUACAUUUUAAUUAACAUUCACAUUAAUAUUUCACAUGCGACUCUCCAGACAUGAGCAGAAGAUUAUCUGGUUGCUCUCCAUACUACAGAUGAGGGAGGGGUGCCACAUGACUGAUCGAAUUAGUCCAUUAAAGGUUCAUGAGUCACCGUACUGUCUUUGAGGUCAUAACUUGGUGUCAUUGUUAGCAACCUGAUUUUCUGUUUUAAGACGAUGUGAUCCCAACUCCCUGAUUCAGCCUUCAACAUGUAAGCAGGCUGAUGAAACCCAGGCUCUAAUUAUUAAUGUUGUGACUUUAAUGUCUAUGUUUUUCUCAUCAUGAGUCCACAUUGCAUGACUGUCAUGUUUUGACCACAGCCAAGCAGAACAGUCUUCCUGUAAAAUGUAUUAAAAUGGCAUGUACAUCUUUAGCCCCUGUUAGCAAAGCAUAUCUAUAAUGAAUUAUAAUUUGCUUUGCCAGUCGUACUAAAACCAUGAUUUGCUGCAGGUUGCUUGACGAAAAAGCGUUGAUCUGGAUGAGUUAAGACAUCCCGGCUCGCCAGACGCGAGCAGAGAUCAGAUGCUUUUUACUUGAAAGCAGUUUAGUGCAUUUAAGUGCUAUUGAUCUAUUGUGGGGAGCGCAGGACCGGAAAUGUAAUGCUGUUCUCCAAACUGAACUGCAAAAGGGAGGGGCACGUCCCUUUUCCAAAAUAGACGUAGCAGCAAAAUUUAAUGCCCUCGGUAAAUGUUCAUUUGAUUGUAAUAGUAGUGAUGCAUGUCAUAAUAGUUGAUGGAAAUGCUCUCAAAAAGGGAAAAGUUGUAAUUUAUUAUAAUUAUUUUGAUAUGUUUAGGUUGUUUAAAAAUAUUUUAGACUAUACAAUACACUCCAGGAUCCAUCUUAUGUGAAAAGAUACCCUGCGCACUGUUACUUUGGAGCAUUGUUUUUAAUAAAAAGUUUUAUGCUCA